AUGGAAACGUGCGAAGUUGAUCCGAAACCGGGGAAAAAACUAUUAUUCUGUUGCGAUUUAAAUGCCGAAUCCUUUUUUCAUUGGUUCGCUUAUUUUUGCAUAUACACGGCAGUUACACAAGUAAUAUUGAUAACAUUUUACGAACUCGGGGGUUUUUUACUUCUCUACGCGAUGCAUUGUAAAAUGCCCUCACUUUGUUACAUGUUUUUAUUUAUUAUGACGAUUACACUUAUAACGAACAUUAUUCACGUCAUGUUUAUAUUCGUUAAUCAAGAGUGCCUGAGAGAAAAUGUUUUUUGGGCUCUCACAGCGGAUAUGACUCCGGAAAAUUUUAUUGCAUAUUUAGUAUCUCUUUACAUGACCAUAGUCCCUGGUAUUAAUUUCAUCGUAGUUUUAUACAUAUGUUUAUUUGUCGCCGAUUACAUUGCCGGAACGAAUCCUUAA